CAGCUUCAAGUCCUCUCCGCAGACCUGGAGUCGCAAGCUGCAUUUCGAAGUCAUCUUCUGGGUCCAACUGACGGGUUCGUCCACUCCUUUUUCAAUUAUUCGUUAGACAUUUAUCUCCGUUCUCGUGACCUCUCGUACCUGCCUUAUUUACCCUCCACAACCUCACACAUCACAAUGGCAGACAAUGAUGAUUCUGCCCAGAUCGCCGAGUCUGGUGAAGGAGACGUAGAGAUGGGCACUACCGAAGACGGUCAGGAGGUGGAGGACGAUAAUGCAGAAGGAGAGGGCGCUGGCGACAGCGCAGGAGAACUCAACGGCGACGCUGCUCCCAGAAAUCCCCAAACCGCGUUUCUCGAGUACCUCAAGUCGCCGAUAGUUCAGCUGGUAGUUGGUUCUGGUAACGAACAAACUACCUUGACGGCACACAAGGCCAUGCUCACACAGUCGCCGUACUUGAGCGAUCUUCUUGCCGGCAUGGACGAUGACGAGCUCUCACUCGAACUCCCAGACGAGUCGCUCGAUGCCGUCGCUUGUUUCUUACAAUACCAAUACACUGGCGAAUACUUCCCCCGGCGACUGCCCAAUCCGGCAGAGGGCCUGGAGUCGGACCCAUCUGUACCUGCUGUCGAUGACAACGGCGCCCAGCUUCUCAAACAUGCCCGCGUCUACACCCUGGCGCAGAAACUCGGAAUGCCCGAGCUUACGACGCUCGCGCAUUCGAAGAUCCAUCGCAUCGACUCGACGGCGGUCGGAGAGAUCGCGUAUGCAAGAUAUGUUUAUGGCAAUACACCUGCUGGGGACACCACUAUCCGCAAACCGGUGGCGGCGUUCUGGGCCACCAGGUCCCAUGUCCUGCGGCACGAGGCCGAGACCGAGUUCAAGGCGAUGUGUCUGGAGUAUCCACAGUUUGGUUUCGACGUUCUGAGCCUGGUGCUCGACCAGCGUGAGAAGAGGGCCAGAGAGCGAGACGAAGAGGGAACGCCAGGUGGUGGCAAAGGCAGAAAGAGAAUGCGACCGAGUGUUAAUGUAUGAAUAAUGGGAGUCCCGGAGUUCACUUCUUCGUCAUUGUAUGUAACAAGACUGGUGGUUUCCUCGUCGAUUUGGAGUUUGUCUAUGUGUGAAGCAUAUGUAACGAGCGCCCAGUGCACAACAAAAAAGUUCCUUGGUUGCCGGAUUUGUACUAUCAGCUAGAGAGAUAUGCGGAGGAAGAUCCAAAAAGAGAGUAAUGACUAUGGUUGGUCUAAACGAUUGACCCUCUCAACAAGAUAUCUGCAAGAACAUUCAUUUGC